UCUUUUCCUCUUUUUUGUGUUUUUGUUUUUGCUCUGUAAAGCAUCCCAAACUCUGCUUGGUAUACAUGGGCACUGGAAUAAAUCUGUGUCAUUGUUCAAGGGAAAUUGGAAAUGGGUGAUUUAACAGUGACCUACAAAACCUGCUGGUGUGGGGCUCCCCAGGACCAGUGUUGGCACCCCAGUGUUGUGGUUUACGCAGUAGAAGGAUCUUGGAUUUAAAUUUUAUGCCAUUAUAGGACAUUAAACUUUCCAAGACCUUAAUUGCUCAAUUAACCCAGGAGCUGAGGACCACUUAAAUAAUUAUGGAUUAUUAGUGGCCAAGGGUCCAGGUGCCAAGUUGGACCAUCACCUGUGACAUGCCUAUGGAAAACAGCUGAAGCAAAGGAUAACUUCAAGAGUAACAUGUCAACACACACUGUAACGGAAGUUAAUGUACUGUCUGUACUGCCCUCUGGCGGCCAGUAUUGAAACGGCAAGCAAAGUUUUGUUUUCUUAAUUGGAUUCUGCAUGUUUCCAACAUGCAGCUGGGAAGUGAAGAUCCGAAUUUGAACACAUAACCUUCCAAAGUAAUUAAGACAGAGCCCGAUCCACCGUCGGCUCCAGAUUUAAAAUUCUGCUGCUGGUUUUUAAUUCCCUGCCAGCGCACAUGGCCUUAUAAUUUGCUGUAAAGGUGAAGUGUUGUGGGUCCCAUCUCAGUGACGUCAGCUAGCGGUCUUCACCAAGGGGGCGUGGCGAAUCCCGGGUCUCCCUGCAGACUCAUUGGUCAGCGCGCCAUUGCCAGGGGGCGGGGCGGAGUGGCGAUUGGCUAGCGGCUCUCUUGGUUACCAGCAUGACAACGCGGACGGGGCUGUGAACGCGUCCCCAUUGAAAACACACUUGGAGUCUGUUAUCACCUCGUCAAGGCGAUGACAUGGACUGAAUCCAGGCAAAUUCGACAGGGGCGGCGCCAGCCCGGCGGAGAUGGAAGAGAGCUGGCAUGGAAUCGAAGCGGGGAAGCACGCUGCCUCGGAUAUUGAAGAAAAACACGAUGAAUAUUUAAUCGCUCUUCAACACAGGAACAGGAUCCUGAAGCGCCUGAAGGCCAAGAACUCCAGGGAGAUCGCGCUGGAGCGCUUGGAGCAGGGAUUCUCCAUUUAUGUGAACGGCGCCAAUUCCAGACCGACGGGGCAGCCGAAGAACCCGGGCCCCCCGCCCUGCACCCCGUCUGCCUCCAGAACGACACAAACGGCAGAUGCAUCUCAGAGGCGUUUCCUCCUGGAGGACGACCUGCAGGAUUCGGAAGUGACGCAGAGGCGGAGAAGCCAGACAGCUCCCGGGAAGGUCCAGAGGAAGGAAUGGGUGCAGAAUUCCAUCCACAUUAAGACGGAGAAGGGAUCCCGGAUUCGGAUCGGUCCUGGUCCCCGUUACUCUGAUGAUUUUGAGGCCUACGAGAGUGUGAACAUGGAGACGUCCGGUGCCCAGUCUCCACGGCGGGAGAGCUGGAACGUGCCCAGGGCCUUCAGCGCCAAGGCGGAGGCCCGGAUGGGCAGGAGCGAGCCCGGAUGCAGUGAGAAAGUCUUGCUCAACAUCGAUGAGGUCAAGGUGCUGCGCCGGAGCCUGGAGGCGGGCGUGUGCGUGCGCCGGGGCAGCCGCGACUCGGCGGGGGAGGAGUCGGACGCCGGCGAGGAGGACUGGGUGGAGGAGCGGAUCGAGGGGGAGGGGAGCUCGGCGCGGGUGGAGCAGGGGAGCGCGGCGGGGGGGAGCGUCCUGGAGCCCGGAGACCUCAUAGUCCUCGACUUCGGGCCCUCGCCCUCAAGUACCAAAAAAGAGCGACUCCUGUCGGCGAAGAGGCGGGACAACAUCGACGCGUACAUCCCGACCAAGCCCCUGAUGGUGAAGGGCAGAGCCUGCGACAGGCCUCCCCGCUCUCCGGCCCAGGAUCCUGCGACGCCCCGGAGCCGCGCGGAGAGGCCCCUUUCGGCUGCCAGGAAGCUGGCAGCGGAGGCCCCGGACCCGGAGGAGACGGCGGGCGCGGUCCUGGAGGCCGUGCGGAGAGAGAACCGACCCCUGCGCGGGGAGGGGAGGCCCCAGCCCGGACAGGAGCUCCCCGAGCACAGACUGGUGAUGAAUGGGCAGGAGGAGGAUGCGGAGAGUGAGGUCACCAAGGCCAUGAACAGGAUCUGCCUCCUGGGGCCAAGCCAGCAGAAAAAGAUUCUAAAAGCCCUGGAGAGGAUUGAAGCUGAUUCAGCAGUGGCUAUCCAACAGAAAGCUAAGUCCAGUGACAAACCAGAGAGAGCGCAGGCGAAGGAGGCCACAGAGGUGCCCGGCGCUCUUUAUGUCACAAUGGAGAUAUUGUCCAACUGGGGGCACUGCAGCGAGGUGGGCCUGACGGAGGUGCAGUUCUUCUGCCCCAGGAGCCAGAAGCUGUACGUCUCCCCACACGACCUGGACGUCAGGAACGCCAACUCCCCCGGGGAGCUCGGAGCGCUGGUCGACGGAAAAACCAAAACCACAAAGGAGCGUCACAUGUGGACCUGUCCCUUUCACCCCCCCGUCCAGCUGUACUUCAUCGUGCGCAACCCGGGGCGCACGCGCGACUUCGGCGUCUCCAAGAUCAAGAUCUGGAACUACAACCGCUCCCUGGCUGACCUGGACAUUGGCGCCAGGAACGUGAGGAUUUACCUGGACAGCACGCUGGUGUUCGAAGGGGAGCUGGAGAAGGGCUGUGGGAAUUCGGUGUUUGACUACAGCACCACUGUCCCUCUCCGAGGCCCUGUGCAGGACCCGAGCUCUGCCAGCCGGAAGAAGAGCCCGGAGAGCAGCAGCAGCUCUGUGGGCGCGGACGAUGAUCCGGGUGACAUAAGGACAGAGCUGCCGGAGAGCAAGGACAAGGCAGAGGGAGAGCCCCUCCCUGAGGAUCUGACCAUGCCGAGUGUUCCUGCCUCCCGGCCGGAAUCGCCAGUGCAGCCGGACUCUCGGGAUUCCACCUGGGCCUCUCUGUUGGCCGAUGAGCUGCCGGCGACACGCCAGCCGGAGCCGAACGCGGGGAAGAAGACAGCAGAUCGGGCUUCUCCGCGGACGCCCUCCUGGCUGCAGCCCCCGGACAGGACCAGGCAGGACGCCCCCGAGAGACGGAAGCCCCCUUGGCUCUCCGCGGACCUGCCAGCGGAGCCCGAACUCCUGGAGCUGUCCGGCCAUCCGGGGAGAGUCCGCAGGAGCGCCGUUGCCAGGGGGAGCAAGACCCGGAACGGGGACCCGAGCCUCCUUUCGGACGCGGACUCGUCCGACCUGGGGCCGGGCUGGAGCCCGUCGCCGCUCGGCGGCGUGGGCCCGAAGCCGGACCGGCCCACCAGUGGCAGGAGGAGUGCCCCGAGAAAGGCGGCGCAGCGGGUGUCCCGCGACGGCACUGGGAAGCAGGGGCUUCCCGCGAUAGAUGACCUGAAUUCGGGGGUUGGAGGCAGGGCGCAGCGUACCCCUCGUGCCAAGUGGCGCAGCGAGCAGGACGACACCCUCCUGGAGUCCUGGGACUCGCUGGUGCGGUUCAACCAGUCGCAGCGCGGGCGCAUCUCCAACACGGGCUUCGAGGGGGACGUCUUCGACGAGUUCCUGCAGCAGCAGCGGGCGGGGCGCCCCCAGGCCGGCAGGGCCGCGCCCCCCGGGCCGGCCGGGCGGGAGGCUGCCCCCGAGGAGCCGGCGGACGAGCCCCCGGGCGAGGCGGAGCGGGACGAGGAGUUUGAGAUUCCCGUCCUGCCCCGGGGGCAGCGCCUGGUCAUCAACAUCCUGUCCACCUGGGGCGACAGGCACUACGUGGGGCUGAACGGCCUGGAGAUCUUCAGCUCCACCGGGGAGCCGGUGGUGCCCGUCCGCAUCCGCGCGGACCCCCCCGAUAUCAACAUCCUGCCGGCCUACGGCAAGGACCCCCGAGUGGUCGCCAACCUCAUCGAUGGCGUCAACCGCACCCAGGACGACAUGCACCUCUGGCUCGCCCCCUUCACCCCCGGGAGGUCCCACGUCCUCUCCGUGGACUUCCCCUCGCCCUGCCAGGUGGCCAUGAUCCGCAUCUGGAACUACAACAAGUCCCGCAUCCACUCCUUCCGCGGGGCCAGGGAGGUGGAGAUGCUCCUGGACGGGAAGUGCAUCUUCCGGGGGGAGAUCGCCAAGGCGUCCGGUACCCUCUCCGGAGCGCUAGACCAGUUUGGCGACACCAUCUUGUUCACCACGGACGACGAGAUCCUGGAGGCCAUGUCUCGCUUUGACGAGACGUUCGCCGGCGAGGGAGACAGCACGGAGGCGCUGGUGUCCGAGGAGGAGCUCAAGCGCCCGAGGACGGCCGACGGAGAGGGGGAGGAAAGGCCUUUCACGCAGGCUGGCUUCAGAGAGGGGAGCCCACAGCCAGAAGAACAGCCUUCUCCAUCAAGCAGCGUGCCUGGAGCGACCCCGCUGCAGGCUCCAGGGAUGUACACUGGGAAGUGCCUUGAAAUUAACUUCGCCAUGACGUGGGGUGACUCCCAUUACAUGGGUGUAACUGGGCUGGAGGUGGUUGGCAAAGAUGGGCAGAGCCUUCCUCUGACGAUGAGCAUGAUAGACGCCAGACCCAGAGACCUGAACGAGCUCCCGGAAUACAACCAGGACUCCAGGACCUUAGACAAGCUGAUUGAUGGCACCAAUAUCACGAUGGAGGACGAGCACAUGUGGCUGAUUCCGUUCACCCGUGGGAGCGAGCACGUCCUCACUGUGUCCUUCGAGAGGCCCGAGACGAUAGCGGGGCUGCGCAUCUGGAACUACAACAAAUCGCCGGAGGACACCUACCGAGGGGUGAAGCUGAUCCACGUGAGCCUGGAUGGGCUGUGCGUCUCGCCCCCCGAGGGCUUCCUGGUCCGGAAGGGCCCGGGGACCUGCCACUUCGACUUCGCCCAGGAGAUCCUGUUCGUCGACUACCUGCAGCCCGCCGGCGGCCACGCGGACCGGCCGCACUCGCAGCAGCUCGGAAGUGGCUCCAAAGCCGUGGAACAGGCCAGCAUGGAUUAUGAAGCUCCCCUGAUGCCCUGUGGAUUUAUUUUCCAGCUGCAGUUGCUUACCACCUGGGGUGACCCCUACUACGUUGGCCUGAACGGCCUGGAGUUCUACAAUGACCGCGACGAAAGGAUUCCUCUCACAGAUAACAACAUUGCUGCCUUCCCAGACAGCGUGAAUGUUCUGGACAGCGUUGCCGGAGACGUGCGGACUCCCGACAAGCUGAUUGAUGGGACGAACAACACUCACGACGGGAGACACAUGUGGCUGGCUCCUGUCUUGCCUGGCUUGGUGAACCGGGUGUACGUGAUUUUUGAUAAGCCCGUGACGGUAUCCAUGAUAAAACUGUGGAACUAUUCCAAAACGCCACAGAGAGGAGUGAAAGAAUUUGGGUUACUGGUGGAUGAUUUGCUGGUCUACAAUGGCAUUCUGGAUGCUGUGACCCAUGUGACCCGGGGCAUCCUACCCACCUGUGACCCUGUGGUCCCCUAUCACACCAUCCUGUUCACUGACAAUGCCAAGAUCGCCUACAGGGAGAGGAACACAGUCAUAAGCCCCCAGCCAAACAGGACUGAAGAAGACAACUAUGUUGAAGACCAGGAUGUGAGGAUGACGAAUGAAAAUGAAAUAGUUCAGCACACUAAGAAGAAGCCAACUGCAGAUCCAGCACUGCGGCCGAAGACCUGCAUGACGGACCGAGGGCACAUGGGCAAGAGGCGAUACUGAAGGGCACCGCGACCCCGCGGGGGCAACGUCCGGCAGCAGACCAGAGCCUCCGUGACCAGUGACCCUUGACACCUGACAUCAUGCCCAGUGACGCAGGAGAGCCAGUGCAGAUGAGUAGGGUAAACGCUCCCCCAGCCCUAUGAGCUCCUCCGAUUUUAGUUACUGGAUUAGAGUCCGAGGCACCAUUUGACUAAAUGUGCAGGGCAGGACUCAUGGAGCUCAAUUCGCAACCACUGCCAGUUUAAGGGAAAUGAGUACCCGCUUACAGAAACGGGCAGUCUCUCCCGCAGAGAAUCAGGUUUGAUUCAGGGGCUCAGACAGCGCUCAUGUGUAGCUGGCUCUGCAUACUUUAGCGUUGUUUGUAUCCUAAAACAGCCCUUUCUAAGGACCUUUGCAAUUCAUCAGCUUGUUGGCUACAAAGUGGAAAUCCUCCAGGUGCUUUGAACUGAGGCUGAACUGGGAGUGAUCACCAUUCUAGCUGUCAGGGCUGCUCAGUAGUUCCCACUACAUCGGGGUUUGUAAGUGAUCCUAAACCGUCAAGACGUGAAACUCGUCACUGGCUGGUUGACUGGGGUCAGGAACGGACAGCUGUGCUCCUUAAGAGCCACCAGGCAUUGUUUUUUUGUUUUACUAGAUCUCUAAACUACAAAUUGGAUAAAGCACUGGAUUUAGUGAUCAAAACUAGGUCAUCAAAAGUGUUUAAAAAUGGAUUACUUCAGGAUGACCUCCUAAGCCUGCUUGGUUGUGAUUGGCCAGCCUUAAUCGAGAUGCUUAAAUUUGAACCGCAUAUAAAUUCCGCCAGCUUCACUCAGCCCCAUGUGUUUAUACAUUUCCAUGAAAUGUUUUAAUUAUGAAAGUGUUUAUUCACGAGAGCUUGCACAUUAUCUAUGCGAACAAAACUGGUGAGAUUCCCUGGUUUAAUGCGAACAAAUCUAACAUGCUGCGUUCAUUAUUGCAGGUCUAGAAUACUUUCCAUUUGCAAAUAAGUAGCCUUAACAGAGGAGUGUCCCUGAAUGCUGAAUCUUCUAAACUUUUGCUGCAAAUUAAGUUUCUCAUGAAGCUCUGCUACAAUUAACUCAUUUACUGGAAACAAGUGUCACUGUUUUAAGCGCAAAACUGUUUACUACGAGUUUGAAUGAAUUGUUGGAACGAGAGUUGGAAGACCUGGCUCUGUCAGUACUAGUAGUGAAGCCCAUCGGUGUACUUUUAAAGCUAGAAUAUCCAUAGGCAGGGUUACUGUGCUGGAAUGGGGUUUGCCCUAAAUAAGGAACCAAGUCAGAAAUCAUAAGCAAAAUGUAUAGGCUUUCAACACAAGUGGAGUAUAUGCAUAUUAUAAGACAGUUGGUAGGUAAAAAAUAACUAGUUAGAAAAACAACCGGGAGACUAAUCACUGAUUUGUGAACACAUUGGUGAGUCUUGUGAAGUUAAUUCUAGCAUAUUUAAGGUGUAGUAUCAAAGUUUGUCCUAAAAUGAGAUUCACUGAAAAAAUAACAUUUUACUGCACAAUCCACACACCCAGAGAGAAAUCUUACGUGCCAAUCUUUCAGAGCUUUAUUUUUCCUUAUCCCACGGGAGGUCGUUUUCUGUCAACAGCCAACAACUUGCAGUUCUUGUCAGCUACUGUCUGGACUACAAAACACCCAGCAUCUGAGAAUCAUCCUUCUAGCUGUAUAUAGGAAAGUCAGACCCCCUUUUGAGAGAAGUGCCGUCGUUCUGCAUGUUUUUACUGGAGGGCUGCUGGGAAUAACCCUGCAGGGUGAAAGGAAUGGGGAGCUUUAUUUUUGUUGCACAAACUGUACAUUUUGUGUAAAAAAAAAGGUUUUGUUUUUUUAUCACUUCGAAAGAGCAUUUAUAUUAAAUGUA